UCUGCAUCAAGUCUGAAAGCAGACGCGCAACUUUCGCAGAAUCCACCUUAAAAUCUCUGCCUUAAACUGCACCAGCCCCCAAAAAAUCCAAGGGGGGAAAGCGAGGGGGGGGAGAGCAGGUUCCCCCUCCCCCCUCUCCUCUCCCAUCCCUCCCCCUUCCUCCUCCCUUGGAGUUAACAAGGCCCCGCUCACCGUAUCUCUUUAUAUUAAAAAUAUAUAUAUUAGAGAAGAGCGAGGGAGAGGGAGAACCACCUCCGCCCCCUCUUUUUUGUUGUUGUUUUUUUAUUUUUUAUUUUAUUAUUAUUUUUUUUGCAAGGAUCCCAAGAGCUAAGGUGGCUGCAGAGGGGACCGCGGCGCAAGCCAAGUGGGGGAGGGUGGAGGAAACCCGGGAGAAGGCUUUCACCAGCCCCCAAAGUUUUGAUGAUGACCAUGACUACGAUGGCUGACGGCUUGGAAAGCCAGGACUCGUCCAAAUCCGCCUUCAUGGAGUUCGGGCAGCAGCAGCAGCAGCAACAGCAGCAGCAGCAGCAGCAGCCCCAGCAGCAGCCGCCGCCGCCGCCGCCGCAGCAGCCGCCGCCGCCGCCGCCGCCGCACCCGCAGCAGACCUCCCCGGCCAUGGCAGGCGCGCACUACCCGCUGCACUGCCUGCACUCGGCGGCGGCGGCGGCGGCGGCCGGCUCGCACCACCACCACCACCAGCACCACCACCACGGCUCGCCCUACGCGGCGGGCGGAGGCAACUCCUACAACCACCGCUCGCUCGCCGCCUACCCCUACAUGAGCCACUCGCAGCACAGCCCUUACCUCCAGCCCUACCACAACAGCAGCGCGGCCGCCCAGACGCGAGGGGACGACACAGAUCAACAAAAAACGACAGUGAUCGAAAACGGGGAAAUCAGGUUCAAUGGAAAAGGGAAAAAGAUUCGGAAACCUCGGACCAUUUAUUCCAGCCUGCAGCUCCAGGCUUUAAACCAUCGCUUUCAGCAGACUCAGUACCUGGCCCUGCCCGAGAGAGCCGAACUGGCAGCUUCCUUAGGACUGACCCAGACGCAGGUGAAGAUUUGGUUUCAGAACAAGCGCUCCAAGUUUAAGAAACUGCUGAAGCAAGGCAGCAACCCUCACGAGAGCGACCCCCUCCCCGGCUCAGCGGCUCUGUCACCGCGCUCACCGGCACUGCCCCCGGUGUGGGACGUUUCGGCCUCGGCCAAGGGCGUCAGUAUGCCCCCCAACAGCUACAUGCCCGGCUACUCGCACUGGUACUCCUCUCCACACCAGGACACCAUGCAGAGACCACAGAUGAUGUGAGCUGUCUGAGGAACGCCCCAGGAAGGCGUCUGCACCUGGCAAGCAGGAUCCGGGACCUGCUAGCCUCUGCCAGACGGAGCCAAAGGAGCAGGCUCGGGAGAACUCGUAGGUGUGGCGAGAAGCCAGCGGGGCGCUUGUGUGCGCUGUCUCUCUCUCUCCCUCUCUCUCUCUCCCUCUCUCUCUUUCUUUACUUUCUUUUCAUUCCUCUUUACCUUUCCUCCUUUCUUUUUUCCUUUCCUUUGCUCAUCAACCUUGUAACCCUGAGCAGCCUCAGUAAUUGAUCUUGCAUCACACACACACACACACACACAUACAUGGUGGGGGGUGGGGGGAGGAGAGAGAGAGAGAGAGAGAGAGAUCGAGCGAGCAUGCAACUGGUCUCUAUGCCAGCACUCCUGAAGCCCCUCACUGUAAGGAUAUUUCCCCUUACCCCUGGGAUCCAGGCUCUGAGCCUCCACUUCUCUUUGGUAUCCAUCAAAGUGACUUUUUUUUUUUUUUACACACACUUCCCCCCACCACAAGAAUCUGCACAAACAUGGCAGCAUUUUUACUUGUUUAAUGAGCUUAAGACAUUACAUGGGGAAAGAGAAGCAUUUUGGACUCCUGUGUUUUUAUUUACCAACCCCAGACUGGUUUUUAAAAGAAAGCGAGAAAAAGAAAGAAAAAAGAAAAGAAAAAACAAAAACCCUCACAUAACAGCCCCUCUCUAAAGGAAAAAGAAAAACCCGGCUGUUAGAAGGUUGCCACCAAGGGAGCGCUGCAUGUUUUAUCCAAAUGCAACAACCAGGAAUGAGGAUUGAUUUUCAAAAGAGAAAAUAAAAGAACAACCACUUUUCCCACCCUAUCCCCAAACCCUGAGCUGGAACCAGGAAAGACAGAGGAAGCAACCGAAGUCAACAUCCGAUUGCUCUGACACCUUUGCUAGUUGAACUGGUGGCAUUGAGUAAGCUAAUAGGGACGUUUAUAUUGAGAAACAUUUCUGUAUAUAUUGUUGAAUUUUAGUUGUACAUAUACUUUGUAUGUUUUUGUCUUCUUUCAUAUAUGGAGUAAAAGCCACAAAAUGC